CGGGCUUUACGUCUGCACUCACGGUUAGUCACGUUGCUGGGUACCGCGUGUUCGUCGCCAAGGUUAGUUGUCGCGUGGUCUGAAAAAACAAAAAGUGAUGUAUAAUUAUUUUCGUAAUACAUGAAAGAGAUAUAAACUCGACUCGCCGUUGUUGCGAAGCGUUCGAUAAGAAAAGGAAACCAUGAAAAAUCUCGCGGUUCACGAAGUACGUCGUAGGAAUCUCGAAUGUUUGAGGGACGCAAGAAUUAAUCAAGAUCUCUUGAAGUCCAUACAAUGCUCUUUGAAUGCGAGCAACAACGAUGUAUACUUGCUGGUGGACAAGUACCUCUGCGCGAUACCGUUCGAAGGCCAGAGAAUUCUGGACAUGGAUCAUCCCUCCAAAGUAAUCGCAUUGGAGUAUUGCAUCACCAUGCAGGAAUUGUAUUGUGCAUACGAGUCCGGUUGCAUUACCACAAUCGACACAAAAGAUCACGCUUCUAUCGAGUGCAAAGUAGCGGCGACGUUCGCCAGUGGUCUACAGUGCAUGAAACUCAGCCCGGAUCAUGAGCUCAUCGUUGUUGUAACGGGUGCAGGAACUGUAGCCACUAUGGUAUUAGACUUCCAGAUAAUGUCGGAGGUAAAUUUGUACUCCGAAGAGUUUGGGCAGAAUGAAUUUGUCAAUGUUGGUUGGGGUAAAAAGGAGACUCAGUUUCAUGGUUCCAUGGGUAAAGCGGCGGCUCGAGCCAAAUCGGAACAGCCGAUACCGAAUAAGUACGAUGAAGGUCGCACUCGGAUCGCUUGGCGUGAAGACGGUGCGUUUUUCGCUGUUAAUUUUCUGGAUAGGGAAACAAAAAUUCGAAAAUUUAAGAUAUUCGACAGAGAGGGCACUUUGCAUUAUACCAGUGAACAGGUCAACGGAUUGGAAGAACAUAUAACUUGGAAUCCAUGUAACAAUCUAAUGAUCGCCAUACCUCAGAUAUUAAACGAUAAGUAUGUCGUUGCAUUCUUCGAGAAAAACGGCCUGAAAUAUUCGGAGUUGUUAUUGCCCUUUAAACCGGGUGAAGUAAAGGUGAAAGAUCUGCUUUGGUCAUCAGAUAUUUUGGCCGUUGUCUGUCACGAGCCAGAAGCGAGCACUACACAAAUACAACUAUGGACUGAAAGUAAUUGUCAUUGGUAUCUUAAACAAACUCUUGUCUUUCCUGUAGAUAAUCAAUUGCUGUAUGCAACAUGGAGCAAUGUAGCUGAAACUAACAAAAAGGAAUUAAUUUACGUAACAACGAAAGAACUUACUUUCUGCUCGUUUAAUUGGUGCCACAGUCAUAGCAGAGGCAGCACUGUGGAUGAUAAAGCUGUAUUUGGUGUUAUUGACGGAAACAAAAUAUUAGUUACUGCUUUUAAAGACGGAAUUGUCCCACCGCCAGUAGCACAUCAAUCUAUAGAAACUUUCGAAUCACAAAAUGCAAUUAGUUUUGCCCCGAGUAAAUCAUCUUCGAUAAGCAGCAGCGAUUUCUGUACUAUUUCAUGCAAUAAUAGACUGAUGUUUUUCAAGAAGGAAGCCAACUCAGACUAUGUACACGUAAACUCGUACAGCAUUGAUUUUGACUUACGUGACAUGCAAUUUGAAGAAGUCCCUUGCAUCGUUUCGAAGCACAUAAAUCAUUUCUUGUGGUUUACAGAAGACAUCAUAUUGUUCUCUAUAAUUAUAGAGAACCAUAGUCUCUUGUGCGUUUUAUCUCUAAAUGAAAUAAAUUCCAAGGACUGUCUGAAAAUACAAAAAGUUCACGUUUUGGAUUAUUUAAUAGAGCGUAUAGUUUCUUCUCCCGAUGCAAAUGCUGCUUACAUAAAAGCAAGAGAUCAAAUAUUUAAGUACACACGGGAUGGAAGAAUUGAACACACAAAUAUAACUUUAAGCAAGCCAUGCGUGAAAAUGGAAGUUAUACAAAUUGACUCGAGAGACGUUAUCCUUGCACUGUCUUCGGACAACAGUUUCUUAGUUGAUGGAAAAGAAAGUGCUAAGAAUAUUACAAGUUUUUAUGUACAUUCUGAAUUUUUGCUUCUUACAUCGCUACAAGAUACACUUAUUUGCGUCUCAUUAAAUGAAAGUGGUGUACAGCAGCUAAGUAAACAUGAUUUGACCGUUAAGCCUUGGUUAGAUAACGAGGUGGAGGUAUUUACAAAUAUCUAUUUUAGACGAGUCGAAAAAAAUUCUACUAUAGUAACGGCGAUACCACACGACUCGAUGGUAAUUUUACAGAUGCCUAGAGGAAAUUUAGAGGCUAUACAUCCAAGGCCUUUAUUGCUGCAUCUAGUAAAAUCUUGUCUUCGUAACUGGAAUUAUUUGACGGCGCUUGCCAUAAUGACUAAACAUCGUAUAAACUUAAAUUUAAUAUACGACCACGAUCCACAAUUAUUUCUGGAUAAUGUGGAAAGGUUCAUAAACGAUCUUGUACAGCAUAAUAAAGUGAUUUGGUUGAAUCUGUUUUUGUCAGAAUUACAGGACAGCGAUGUCACUGAUACGACGUACGCAUUUUGUUAUGUCGAUCGCAAAUCUGGCCAUACAAGUGACAAAACUACAGUUAAUAAGGUAGACAAGAUUUGUAAGUUAUUAAGAGAUACCAUGGAGAAACAUCAAAAUGCGAAUAAUUUAAUACAACCAAUAUUGAUCAGCUUGGUGAAAAAUCGACAAAGACAAGGAUUGGAAGAUGCACUUAGCAAAAUAAAGCAAAUAAAAAUGUUGGAAGAUUCACGAAGAAUGGCGCCACAUGGUUUUACCGUAUCUGCUUUCGAAGCGCUAAAGUUUUUACAGCAUUUCGUCACUUUCGAUAUACUAUACGAUAUUGCAUUAGGCAUGUACGAUUUAGAACUCGCACUGUUCAUAGCGAGUAAAUCACCGAAAGAUCCCAAGGAAUAUAUACCAUUUCUGAACAAAUUGAAAAAAUUAGACGAAAAUUACAUGAAGUAUACUAUUAAUGUUCAUCUUAAACGUUAUGAUUCAGCGUUAGAGUAUUUGUCUAAAGUUCCAGGACAUUUUGAAAAAUGUUUAGAAUUGAUACGUAAUCAACAGUUAUAUAAGUUUGGAAUGAAAUUAUUUAAAAGGAACACUGCAGAGCAUAAAAUGGUGGCUGAAAUUUUUGGAGAAUUUUUAUUAAGCGAAAAUAAAUAUCCGGAAGCUGGUAUGAUGUUUUAUAGAAGUGGCAAUCUUGACAGAGCUGUAAAGACAUUUACCAUGUCACCUGAUAAUUGGGAAGACGUGAUCGCAAUAGCAAAAGAAAUGAAGUUAAGCCAAAAAAAUUUAAACCAACUUUACCAAACCCUGGUUGAAAAUUUGAAAGAAGCGCGAAAAUAUGAACCUGCAGCUACAAUAUUAAAAGAUUACCUAAAUGAUGUUGAAGAUGCAAUUGCAUUAUUAUGUGAGGCAAAAUUAUGGAAAUACGCAAUACGGAUAGCAAUUGAUAAUCAGCGUUUAGAUCUGAAUGAAACGCAUAUUAAACCUGGACUGAAGGAACAUGCAGAACAUGUGAUUUCACAGUUGAGUGAAAUGAAGAGAAACUUUUUAAGACACAAGUCGCGUCUUGCUGUAGUGAGAGCAGAAAUUGUGACAAAACAUACACAAGUGUUCGUUGACAAAGUCUAUAAAGAUGAACUGCAAUCUAAUAAAGAGCUUCUGGAUACCAUUAGUGAUACAGCCAGCAUUGCCGAUUCUACUGCAAGCCAACUAUCGCGACUGUCUAUACAUACAAGCAAAAGCUAUCGGUCAAGUAAAAACCGUAGAAAACAAGAGAGAAAAUUGUUCAGUUUAAAAGAGGGCAGUAUGUUUGAAGAUAUAAGUUUAAUACAUGCUCUUUACCAACUCGUUAAUUGUGCGAACAAGAAUAGAGAUGAAUGGUGUCAGCUGUUACAACUGCUAAUAAGAUUCGAGUUUGAUGAAAGCGCAGAAAAGAUCGUAGUUGAGGCAAAGGACUUCUUUCAAUUGGUGGAAAGUAGUAAAAAUGAAAUUUGGGACAAAUCCAUUCCCACAAGUUUCUCUAUCCUAGAAAAAUAUGGAAACUAUUCACAGGCACAACUUCAGGAAUAUAUGGGUGCUAUUAAAUUAGUUGAACGCUAUGUAAUAUGUUCUCCUGAACUUGAAGAAACACCACGUAUAUUGACCACAUUUUUUUAAACAUUUUUCUGUAAAUAAAUCAAUUUACAAUGUGUUUGAAAGAUACACGCGCAAAUACUUAUAUACUAAUUAUUUUAUAUACAUAUUAUAGGAUAUAGCAGUAUAAAACGUAAAAUCGAAGAACAUUUCUUUAUCACUAUAUUGAUAAAAAUUUUCUAAACUAUGUAUGAUAUCUCCAAAAAAUUAUUACCUCUCGCUUUUGUACACAACUUUCAUCCAAUUUAUAUUUCAAAAUGGCAAUCGAAAGACUUAACGAUAGCCUCCCAUACUAAUUGAGAUAGACUACAUUUGAGAAAAUACGAAUAUAAAAGUAUAAGAAAAAAAA